GAAAGGAAAGCAACAGCUUUGGCGGUUAUCUAGAGAAGUAGACAAAGUGUUUUAGUGUUCUGUCUCCCAUGGACGUAUUUUACUUGAUAAGUUAGCUUUUUUUAAUUGGACUGAAAAUGGGAGACAAUUACGAAUGGGAACUCAGCAAAGAAAACAUUCAGCCAUUAAAGCAUGGAAGAAAUAUCGGCAGCUUGUUGACAGCCCUAACCGUCGGUGAAGAUCAUGCCAAGCAUCAACGAAAUGAACAGCGAAAGGCUAUGGAACUUGACAUCAUGGCUUAUGAUGGUUCAGAUCCACUUGAACUGUGGAGCCGAUACAUCCAGUGGGUGGAAGAAAAUUAUCCACAGGGGGGCAAGGAGAGUGAUUUGCAAAUGGUGCUGGAACAGUGCCUCGAAAAGCUGAGAGACGCAACUCAAUACCAGUCUGAUCCUCGCUUACUUGAGAUAUAUCUACGCUACUUGGAUCUGACUGAGAACAAUGCUGAAUGGUACAACCAGCUUUAUGGUGCUGGCUAUUUUCACAAAUUGGCCAGUUUUUAUAUUCAUUGGGCUGAAACAUUGGAGGCAUGUUCCAAUUUUAAAGAAGGGACCCGAAUCUACAUGCUAGGUCUGCAAAAUAAAGCAGAGCCUCUUAUCAAACUGGAAGAAAAUUUUAAACAUUAUCAAGCUCGAGUGGCCAGUGCCCUUUUCAAAACAAUGACCAACCCUGUUCCCUUGGACGAGAACAAUGAGUCAAGCCGUAACGCCUUCGGGGAAUUGGAGACGGAAAGCAAAGCGCCAAGCAUUCGUUCAGGAACAACUGUACGGAAAUUUCAAAACAAUCGUCUUUUACCACCAGCAUCGACGGUUUCCAAAGGAAACAACAAGCCCAUCUUUAUUUUAGACGACGAAAACAAUCCUGGUGGUGGGACUCAAUCAACGCUCAUCAGUUCCAAAGUAGCUCUUCCUAUUCAGUCGGUGAUGAAGGCGGAAAAUUCGCUGAAACCAACCAAAUGGACUGAAGCCCAGUCGGUAGUCAACGAAGUUGUUCCGGCUAUUCCCGCCCAACCCAGCUUUCAGGUUCAUGUGGAUGAUGACAUUCCAUUGCCGUCUAGUCAGCGCAAAGCGACCGACGGUUUCAGUGGAGCGCUAAAGGACAAGUCGGCCGCGCCAACCAAAUUGAACCCUCAGACGCUGUUUGAGCGUGAAAACCCCAAAGUCAAAUUGAUGUGCGAUCUCAAUAAGAUCACGGUAGGCCACCGGGAAUUCAGUUUCGAAGAGAUUCGGCGUCAGUGCUACGAGCGCUCCGGCCGUUAUCCCACUGUAUCUGCUGCCCAAACGGAAACGCCAGUCACUCCAAUCUCUUCCGCCGCGCUCCUGAACGUCCGGUCCAAAGAAAAGAGCUUGAAGAAUCGAACACCAUCCGAUGUUUCUGCCAUCACCCCUAAAGCUAAAACUCCCAAAAUUGUUGCACCACCACCGCCGCUCAAACACAACGAAAAAUGGCAUUGCGACAUUGAGGCGUUGUAUCCGGGGGGUCGGGAGUUGAGCUUUGAACAGUUGCGCGCUCAAUAUUACGCAGCCAGAGCCGCUUCUAAACCGACUGUUCCUCAAUCGCCCGUACCAGAAGCCCCUCCAGUUGAAGUGCAAAUCUCCGCUUUGGCUUUGUCGGAGCAGAAUCCUGCAUUGCCAUCUGAUCCUAUUCCUACACUACGUUCUGAUCCUAUUCCUAUUCUACCUUGUGAACCGAAGAAAGAUGCACCGACUACACGCGAAAUUUCGGUUCAAACUGAUUUGUUUGGAUUGGAUUUUGAUAUUCAGUUGGUGCCCCGUCAAAGAGUGGCUAGUCCACCACGCAAGGCACCCUCACCUCGUCCAGUGGAACAAAACAGCCCAACUGGUGGGAGCGGAUCCUCUCCAACUGUCAACACUAAACAAGCCCUUUCAAGUGUCAAGAGUUGGUUCAACGCCAGCGUUCUCCUGCCAGAACCGAAAACUGAGCCCAAACCGGCCAGAAAGUCCCUUUUUUCUAUUUUCAAAGAUCCUUCGAUGGUUGACGUCCCCGACGAAAGUGCUCCCGUCUCCAAAUCUGCAUUGCCGAAACCUUUUGCCGUGUUCACCGAACCGGAGGAAGCGGCCGUUCAACCCAAACGCUUCACCAUUAUGGAUGAGAACGCUCCCUUCGACCAAGAGAACGCCGUAUCUCACGCCCCGUCAGUGCCAAAGGUUCGCAAGCCGCUGUCUGCCAUUGUUUCCAUCAUGCCAACCUGUCAAGAGAAUCCGAUUCCGGAAGAGGACAAUUUCAAAGAGAAUGUCCCGCCUGCCUCUCACGUCCAGGAGCCUAUCGUCAAGAGACAACUGAGUGGCAUCUUGGUCCCUUCUGUCGACAUCCCAUGUGAUCCUGCCGGUCUUGUUGAAGAAGACAUGAACACGGAAGAGGAGGAGGAGCCAGGAGCCGUAGCCCAACCUCCUCAUGCCUCCUCUGGUGUCAGUCGAGCUCUAUUUGCCGGAGAUGAGGAUGAACAGACACGCCAUUAUUGCGUUCAAUUGAAUGACGAUGUCGAUUUCACCGUUCCUUCCGCCAUGGCUUUUGCCAAUAACCUUCGCAUCCAGAGCACUCCGCUUCUGACUUCUCGCCAGCAGCAACCUCUGGCAGCUGUAGAAGAAGCCACUUUUAAUUUGCCUCGAGGUCGAGCACUUCAGGCCAGUGCGGAAUCUACUGGCGGCGCAGUUUCAGUCGCUGCUCCGGCCGCUUCGUCCAGGACUUUGAGGGGAUUGAGUCCCAUCGAUGAAAGAUCUCGAGAAUAUUAUUCCUCCUCCGGCAGCAGUGCUGGAACCACUGGAUUGGCUCAUCAAAGUCGCUUGAGUGUCGGCCGCAGCCUUCACUGUACCGAUGUUGCCCGCAUCUAUCCGCCUCAUUUCGAUCCUUUUGAUAUGGAUCACCGCAACACUCAACUCACUCAACUGGCCAUCCCGCUUCACCAACGCAACGGGUUCUACCCCGUCAGCGGUCGGUUGCCAUGGUUGCGGAGCAAUUCGAGCGUCCAGCUAGGCGGCAACCAGUACGUCAUCAAACAGCAAAUUGGCCAAGGUGCUUAUGCCAAAAUCUACGAAGCCAACGAGGAAGGCCAGCGUCUUGUCCUCAAAGUCCAAGAUUCCGACGGCGUUUGGGAGUAUUACAUCACAUCUGAAUUACAGCGUCGAUUGGCCGACUCACCAACCUCCGGCUCCGUGAUGACGGUUAAUUGCGGAUAUUUUUACGACAGCGGUAGUAUUCUGGUCAACCAGUACCUUCCCCAUGGAACCUUGUUGGAUCUCAUUAAUAGCUACAAAUUAAAGAACACAAGUAUGCCGGAAUCGCUCGUGUAUCACUUUAGUUUGCAGUUGCUCUCUAUUGUGAGUGAUAUGCACGAGUGUGGCAUUCUGCAUGCCGACAUAAAGCCGGACAACAUUUUAUUGCAGAGUUCUUUGCCGUCCAUCCUUCACUCAUCCGAGAAUUGGACUGCCGAGGAAGUUUUAGCUCAAGAUAAACGCACCCUGAAGCUCAUCGAUUUCGGUCGUAGCAUCGAUCUGGCUCUGUAUUCCGACAGGACCGCUUUCAUGCACGUCUUUCAAGAUGAUAAAUGCCCAGAAAUGAGGGACGGCAAGCCGUGGAGUUACCAGUUGGACUAUUAUGGAUUGGCCACCUCUAUUUACACGAUGCUGAUGGGAGUCCACUGCAAAAUAAUUUACUCAGAAGCUCAGUGGAAAGUGCCCACCUUGAAACGUGGACACAAUAGCGUUUGGCGCGAUUUAACCACAACUUUGCUCAAUGCCUCAGCGGGCUCAACCCUGGACUUGGAACAGUUCCGACACGCUCUGGCCACUCAAUUGGUGUCUUCCAUCAAGCCUCGCGAAUUCAACGACAAGAUGCGUGAACUCGAGCGCUAUCUCGUCCAUAAAUAAUGAAAAAGGUUUAUUCACACUUUAAUUCAUGUUUGACGUCCUGCCCUUCUUAUCAUAUGAAAAUGAACGCCUUGUUUCCUUCCCCAUACCCUGCACUUGAAUUAUUUACCUAUCGGAAAACAAAUAAAUCUGAUUCCAAUAUA